UCUAGAGGUGAAGAAAAAUAAAAGUAUUGUUCGUUUUUUCGGGGUGCAUUUGUUUUGUCUGCAAGUGAGCUUAUGAAAUGCUCGUGAUUAUGUAGUACAUAAACUUGUAAUUGUUCCUGUCUGAGACUCAAUCCAUUCUUCAUUUCCUGUAGAAUAUUUUUUACAUAUUUUUCCGCAAAAACUCUCGAAAAACUGUAAAAAAAAUACCCAUGGAUUUCAUGUUUUUGUGGCAUGUAUAAAUGCAUAUCUCCGCGAUCGGUUUAACAUGAGACAACGUGCUAAUAAAUAAACCUCGCGUACCGGGGGGGGGCCACGACUUAGCGAAAUUUCGUGUACCUAUGAUCCACCGAUUUAUGACAUCACAUCCGGUUGCAGAGUUGAAAGGGGGCUGCAAUGUUUUUAAACUCAUCCAUUGGUAUUUCUGAGGGGGUUAGAGCAACAUUAUUUCUGAGGGACUGCAGAAAAAGGAACAUCAUCCACGGGGGGGGGUGUGGAUAUUAAAUGGAAUGGCCCUUUGAGGAAUGUCAUGGUGAGUCUUUCGCUCUUUGUAAUCGAGCGUCACUCAAGAGUUUGGCUUUCGCGGCUUCUGAUUCAUCAAAGUCAUCAAUCAAAAUUGCCUAUCCUGAGCGAAAUUCCGUGGAGAAAAAGCUUAUGGUCACAGAUUAAAGUGUUAACAGCUGGAAGGCUUUAUAACUCGACGUAAAGUUGCUGCAAGGGCUCAGUCUUCUGCUGUUCGAACAUCCUGUGGCAUGAUGUCGCAUAGAUAAGGUUAGUAGGUUUGCUGAUUUUUCUUUUAGUGCACGUGAGAGAAUUACAAGGAGCGUAGAGUAGCGAAAUAUUAGAGUUAUUCAAUGUUAGAGCGUGAGCUUUUAAUAGUUAAGAGAAUUAGAUAAUUUUUUAAAUGAUUGAUGAAAGGGGAAUUCUUAAAGAACAGGUGGUUACUAUUAGAAAAGGGCAGUAAAACAUCCGAAAGAACUACCCUUUUUCUCACAGCACUUUCUACUGGAUCUCUAAUACUGUAUUUUAUUGUGCAAGAAACACAUAAAAUAGAAAAAAUGUGACAGGGAAUAGACCGUUUGCUUUGGGAGGUGGUGCCCCAGGAGAGGUGGAGAUAUUAAGAGGGCCUACACCAAGAAGAACAAUAUUAUAACAAAAACAAUAAUCGUGUUGAUCAAUUGUUAUUACUAUUAGCCUUUUUUGAGUACGAUAGUGUACCAGAAAGAUACCACAUACCUGCAAUUGCUGUGAUCAUUAUUUAUUGUUUUAGAGGGAGGCAUGCAAGGUUUUUGCUUAGGCGAUUUCAGGGGUGGUAACAGCACACCUACACUGUAUGACAGAGUGCAUUGUUGCUUACGGGGGAUUGUGAAACUUAAUGACAGCAAACUUAAUUUGCACAGAUAAGCAAAAUUGCAUUGCCAGUUAUUUUCUCUCUGUGUGGUAGGGGAUAGACAGUUCACUUACAUGUGAAGGACUGGAAGUAUAUUUUUUGCCAAUUUUCCCUUGCCGAGCCUUAAAAUCCAUAUUGUAAGACAGUUGUGCGUAAGGGAUAUUUGCAUUAUUUGAUUCUAGGAUCCUUAAAAGUUGUAAGGAGAGGGGGUCUUCAUGGCCAAAACAAACAAAAAGUAUUUAUAUGAAACUUGAAUGAAAUUUCUACCUGGUAGGCAGUUGUUGGGAGAAAAUGGCCUCCCUGGAAAAAGGAAGGAUAUUUUUUGUUCUGUAAUAUGAAAAUUUCAUCUUAAGACUUGCACUUUUUGUUACUAGAAACAAUACAUGUAAGCGAUGGAACCAAAAUUCGAAGGUUACUGCAAUAAUUCACUUCAGUAGAGUGGUUUUUCUGUUUCCUAAUAACAAUGUUUUUACUCUGUAACUUUUUAAUAAGGUUGACAGUGGUCUUCUUUUAUUACAAUGUUGAAUGGUAUGCCUGAGGGGGAGGGGUAUGUACCUGUAGCUGGUAAGGCAAAAGGGAGUAUCCAACAGAGAGUUCAAACCUUUUUAGGACAAACAUUCACUCAGUGCAGCUUUGAGUGAGCCAGUGAUCAUUUUUUUUCUUUUGGCCAUACAUGGACAGUAUUUUUAUUUUUUGCUUUAUACUUCAAUUUACAUUUUUUUCCUGUGUUUUUGGGUAUGAAAAUGUAUGAUAAUGAGUAUGACACAAAGGAAACUAAAAUUAUCCAGGGAUAAAAUUGAACCAUAAUAAUAAUGAUAUACAGCUGUGUAUAAUUAGUAUGUAUACAACAGUUUUUCUUCUAGUGUUAAAGGAAAUACUGAAAUUUUAUUCACCUACUUUAUUUGAUUGAUCAAUGAUAUUAUUAUUGUUCUAAAAAAAAGAAACAUCCAAAUAUUUUCAAUAAAUUAGAUGUAUGAAUUUUAGAAACGUGCAAACCAGCCCUGAGACAUUCAAGCUGUAUUUAUUUCCUUUUUCCAAAAAAAUAUCCACAUUCCUUGUUGUUGACUAACAUCCUUUGAUCCUGUAUUUGGCUCAAAAUCUUAGUGCUUAGAUUCACAAUGCAUUUCUGAUUCUUUUCCAGUAUCUACUGAAAAAUACAGUCAAAUAUAUACCAUCUCUUUUUAGUUGUAUCCUUGACAACAGGCUUUCAAUGCAAUGUUCAAGUUGUUUUAACACACAAUCCCCCAACAAGUGAAGAUCUAGGAAAUAUUGGGUAAAUGUAGAUAAUUAUAAACAUCUUUUUUGUGUCAAAAAGUGUUGCACUCCUAUUUCAAUCUUCAAACGGCUUGAUUUGCAUAAAAAGAGUGUUUUUUUAUUGUUCAGUAGCUCUCGGCUCAAGUUCAUAUCUUGAUCCCAUCAAUGUAUCUUCAGUUGUUACCAGAGGUUUCAGUGGUUUCAAAACAAGCCAGUGACCACCGGAGUUCCAUCGGCUACUUGAUUGUAUGUUGCCAGCAAUUCCAGUGCCCCCAGCCUCCAGAUUCGGCUGCCUACUUUAAAACAUUUUGAAACCCCUGAAGGUUACCGGUAUCUACUGAUGGUGAGCUAGUAUAAUUUUACAAAGGAACCCUACCAAAGGAUCAGAAAGCCAAGCCAAGUAGUGUAGGAUAAAGACGGAUCAUCUCAAAACCCACUCCCUAUUCCAUGGCACAUACCUGUAUAGAAGUACCAUAACCUUCUCCCUGGGUGUUAAAGUAACACUAAAGAGGGAAUGCAGGUGUAGCCUCUUGUCUUUGUUUUAUUUUUCUGAUUUGCUACAACCUUUGCUCCUCUGUAGGGAAAGAUGGUUUGGCAAGAGAAAAGCAGAAGACAGUUUGAUCAAAGGAUUUAUUAAUUCACAUUUUGCUAUUCCAUCUGUUAAGAGGAUUUUCUAACCAGGCCCGGGUAGCUCGAAGCAUGGUUAGUGCUAACCAGCGUUAAAUACCAUGGAAACCUAUACAUUUUGAUACCUCUUAACCAACGGUUAUCGCUAACCAGGCUUCGAGCAACCGGCCCCAGAUCAUUAAAAUAGUCUGGAAUUUAUUAAAGCUGAAAAUAAAAAUACAUGCUGUUCUUGUGGUUCCUUUAAAAGACAGCCUUAAAUAAAUUGCAGGUCUGAAAAAUGGAGUUGUAAAUAAGCUCAUCUGGCUAUGUUAAUUUUUGAUAAUCUUUUUUUCCAUCAAAUUUAAUUACUAGUAAAAACCUGCAACCAAGAACCUGUAUUUUCCCAAGUUAGCCUAAACAAGUCAGGUUCUUAAAGAAAAACUAAUUAGCACAGAUUUAGGCUAUUUAGGUUCAGUCUCAAAUAGGUCCUUAUUUUCUGAAAAAAAAAAAUACUUUGUAGCUUUAAGCUAAAAGUAUUUAGUGGCAUUCAGCUCUUUCCUUAGUAUAUGUAAAACCUGAACGCCAUCACAUUGCAGUCAGAGUAAUAAUAAAGAUUAUUAGACACCUAUGUCUCAAAAGAGGACCCUGAAUGUUGACUUAUCUUACUUUCCCAAGUGUACACUGUGCAGAAGCUUUUUCUAAGAGAUUUUAUAAAUAAUGGUAAUAGGACUGAGGGGAGUCCAAUUCAGUCUGUAAUCAUACAAGUGUUACAAACUUGGACAACCGCAAAGCAGGAGUCAGAUUUGUUUAAUCGUGAGUAUGAUUACAGAUUGAAUUGGACGACACAGAGUCCUGUUACCAAUUAAUAAUUAUAACCAUUACAAUUUCCAAGAAAAUAGAUGCAUUCCUUUUUGGUGAAAGAGUGUUUGUUCAUACCAAAUGUCCAAAGCAAGGGAAAAUAUCACUGGUGGAGACACUGCCUAAAUGUUGCAUAUUCAUCCAUUUUGGAUUAAUCCCCAGUUUGUUUGGGUGAGUGAUUGUUGCUAUGGUUAUCAUGAUAACUUCUGUUAUUGGUGGAUUUAGCUGAGUGCAUUUAAUAUGAUUGGCUAACAUAACUGUCUGAUUACAGGCAACUAUACACAAUGAUAAUUAACGAAAAAUAAAGCAGCUAAUGCACCAAUCAAAUUUGAGGAAAUUGUAGUGGUUAUGAUUUAUAACCUGUUUCAAAUUUGAGUGCUCUUUUAUUAAGACAGCCUAACUGGAAAAUUUUAGCCUGACAGGUGCUUAAAAACCAGUUUCUCAGUUGUGGAUUUUCCCUGUAUCCUUGUUGAGCUUAAUACUGCACAUCACUAUGCUGGGUGUCAGCCAAUCCCUUUUUUGUUUCUCUAUGUCAAUGAGGUCAGAUGGGGAUUUACAUUUGGUCUUCUAGACCAUUGUGCCUUUAAUAGAAAGCUUUCUUCUCCUAAUCAGGAUCAUAUUACCAGUAACCAUCCUUUACUCUGACUGAUUAAUUGAGGGAUGAAGAAAACUAAGGGAUGAAGUUGUCAUAACACAACCACCAACUCCUUUCCACAGGAGGAACAGAAUGCUUAGGGAUGGAAAAUAAACAUGAGAAACUGACUGAAGUAUAGAGAGUAUUCACAUGACAUCAAGGUGGCCAUAUUGGUGUCCCAAAACAAUGAAACAGAGACCAUGUUGGUGUCCCAAACUAAUAAGCCAAGUGAGUGAAUACUCUCUAUUAAAUUCAAGGUUAGUUUGGUUUCCUAUAGUUGCAUCUAGGGUGUUUGCCUUUGUAUCUCUAAGGGAAAUGUGUGCAGCACAGCCUCCCCCCAGAAACCUUGAUUUCUUCAAAGCUGCUUAGUGCAAGAUCAUUAGUUUCAGUCUUUCCUGUGAAGUUUUUUAAGUCUUACAAAAAAAACUACACUUAACACAAUCGUCUAGUAAAAAUUUGCUGACCCUGACAAGAAAGUGAAUGUCAGGGAAACAGACACUUAGCCUUGAGGUCCUUGAAAGAGAGUUGGCAUGUAAAGUCAAGAAAUGUCUUACGAAGGACCAGCUUCGAAGCACACUACUGUACACUGGCCUAGACACUGUCAGAGGAUUCCAUCUAAACAGAAUUGACAUCCUGAACAAGCUCAACAUGAUUUCAGUGUUUUCUGUUGCUGCAGAUUUUCCAUAAACCAGAAAAGUGUAUUCCUCGAAAUGUCAGGAUUCUUCCUUCCUUUUAACUUAUUUGACAGUGAGUUGUACUUAACAUUAAUGUUUUAUGGCUCUGUAACAACGUUUCUGUCCUCAUAGACUUUCACCUCUCUUUACGAGUUGUGUGGUAGAUAUACUUUUUAAUACUUCUUGAUAUUCUCUUGUUUGUGCUCUUCUGUCAUCUAUUUUUGUCUUCCCAGCUAAGCAACAUAAAAUACAUAAUUUAAACAUUAAUGCCCAGCGGACUAGCCUGUGCCACAGACAGAACUAAACUUCUGGUUAAGUCCCCCUGUGAGACAGCACUGAAAUCCUGCUUCUGGGCACCCCGUGGCCCACCUGUGAACUAGCCCAUGCAUAUGUGCUAUGAUUGGCCUCUUAAAUAUACCAUUAUCAGUGUGCCAAUCAGGUUGAAGGGAAUAUCGAAACACAUUGUGAUUGGCAGCCCAGAAUAUUGGCACGGCUUUGCAGAUGUUACUAACCGGCAAUAGAUUAUGUCUGCGACACAGGCUACACUGACAACCAGACUUACAGUGUAGGAUUUAAAUAUAUAUUGUUUAUAAAUUCAAAAGUAAGCAUAUAUUGAAGUCUUUAAAAAUACACAAAAUUCAUUUUUUAUACCUUAGAUAAUCGUCAAAUAAAAAGUGGUGCAGUACAGCAUUAUGAAUGACCCUAACUGACACUUAAUUCAUAGCAUGCAAUUUACAUCAAGAAAUACAAGUAAUUACCAAGCCAAAAUAUGUGUUUUGCUGCAGGAAACGUCUAACAUGUUCUAAAGUAACUAGACCUCUUAUUGAGUCUCAUUUUACAGCUCUAGUGAUCCCUUCAGACCUUCAAACCUCUAAAACAGUUAAAACAGCUGUUUUGUUUUUUCACUUUCAUUUCAUUCUUUUUUGAUUUACUAAUUAACCCAUUCGCCCCUGAACCGCCCGUAACCGCCCAUGCGGAUCCAGGUCCUUUCUACCCUUUGUGACGUCAUCAGUUUUAACGAUCAAGGACAACUUUCUUCGCUAACUUGUGCAGAGUGAAGAGAUCUUUCAAACCAUACCAGAAUGAGCACAAUUCAGUCAAGGACACCGGAGAAAGAAGCAAAAAACCACGUGACAAGGACCUGAAAAUCUCCAUGAAAAUCUUGUUCCAUUACCCACCUACCUUUCCUUUCACCUAAUCCUAAGAUCCUAAAAGCUUUCCUAAAAACUCUUCCCACCAAAAUGAAGCCUACUAAAUGCCCAGCAAGAGAAAAAAAAAAUGAGGCAAGAAAAGCGAAAAAAGAAGGGAGGAGAGAAAGCGAAAAGUAAAAGUCAAAUUUUGCUUUCUGCGCAUGCCCGAUCUUCGCAAGCUGAUAUUUUGCAUCUGGAUCAGAAGGCCGCCAAGUGUACGACCUGUAAACCGGUUUGUGGUAAGUUUUAGCUCUUUAUAGCACGACAGUUACCAGAAAACCACUCGACUAGCUUCAAAACGCGUUUUUCGGCAAAAUCUCCAGGAGCGAAUGGGUUAAUUACAUAACUAUAAUCACUGUAAAUCGUAGUAUUUUUUUUUUCAACUGUAAAGGUCAAGAACCAAUCAACACAUGUUCGAGAGCGAUACAUUUCUAAAUAAGUGUUGUAGUUGUCAGUUAAGAUAAGGAGCAAUUUCGAACUAGUCAUUUUGACAAUAUGACUUGUAGUGCAUAAGGGUUUCUUUUCAGGUGCGUUACACUUGCAAGCUUAGAAAAAAAGGAAGGGCACAAACUUUCUUGACUUCUCUCAGAUAAUGACAAAUUGGAGUACUUUUGGGCUUAAGGCAUGUUCUAAACAUAAAUCUUCAGAGGCAAAUUAAAUGCUAAACAUCCAACACUUACCUUCCAGAAGCACGCAACAUGUGACUAUUUUGAAAUUAGUUGAGUAGAGCUUUCAGAAACUUUACGUCGAGUGCCAAGCCUUCCAGCUGUUAACACUUUAAACUGUGACCAUAAGCUUUUUCUCCACGGUAUUUCGCUCAGGAUAGGCAAUUUUGAUUGAUGACUUCGAUGAAUCAGAAGCCGCGAAAGCCAAACUCUUGAGUGACGCUCGAUUACAAACAGCGAAAGGCUCGCCAUGACAUUCCUCAAAACCAUGCAGUUGAGUGCAAGUUUCUGCAACUUUACGGGGCGUGAUCCAGCCUUCCAGCGGUGAACACUUUAAACUGUGGCCAUCGGCGUUUUCCCCAUUCUAUUCCGCUUAGGAAAUUAUAUUUUGAUUGAUGACUUCUCUAAAUCAUAGGCCGCAACAGCCGAAAAACGUUAACGACACUCGUUUUGAAACAUCGCAAGACUCGCCAUGACAUUCCACGCAGCUGCAUGAUAUUUAUCAUUAAAAUAAUACUAAAUCUUCUUUGUUUGGUCAUGACAUUUGCUUGAAAGGCCGGCUAGAUACCUUCUCAACAUUCUCGGCAUUCAAGAUACAUAAUUCCGUUAGCCUGUUGGUUAAAAUAACGAAGAAACCAAAUAGCAUCGGGCGUCCAUCUUGUUGCCUUGCGCCAAAACAGAGCAGCAACUUUGCAACCGGAUGUGAUGUCAUAAAUCGGUGGAUCAUAGGUACACGAAACAAGUACUUGGCGCUAUUGGAGUCGUGCCCCCCCCCCCCCACCCCGCCUGCUCGCGUGGUAAUUUUUUUUCGCUUUCCUUAAGGAGCUGGACAUUGCUCCGAUGUAUUUCUUCUUUGAUGAGAAAGACCAUGAGUUUGGAAAUCACCCAUAGAAAUGCAUUGUUUUGCCACUGAAAAUCAGAUUUAUACAGGAACAGUGAUUCUUGGUAUUGGGUCUUUAAAGUCUUUAAAAGGUCAAGAAAACAUACUGCUGAAGAAUCUAAAACUGAAACCCGCGUAGAAAACGUCCAACUUUUGUCAUGGAGAGCAUUUUUUGUAGGAAAGUACAGUAUUCAAAAAAGGACUGUAACCAGUUGUCGAGAGUUUUCGAUUUCCCGCCAUAAGAUUUGAUGCGCCCACGCUAUUGUCGUUCAGCGGAUGCACACAUGCGCACGCAAAAUGCCCUCCUAUUCACGUAAUGUUUGUCCUGGAAGUUGAACAUUCCAAUCUACUCUUGGCGGGUGGGGAGGGACGGGGGGUAUUUCUUUCAGCCACUGUUGAGGGGCUAGUGAGGCUCAAUGGAGAGAGGAAUUGUUUAAAAUCGGAAGGAUUUUUUGGAACUGGUUUUUAUUUCAUAACCUGUAUUUACUGUAAAGCAUCCAAUCCACACCAUGGUUUACGGGCCGACCAUUUGACUUUUUUAUGGGUGAUUUGGUUUGUGUAAGAUUUUUUUUCGAGCGCGUCUUACCAUUAAUGGCGGCCAUCUUGAUUUUCAGUCGUACCGAGUGUAACCUGUGGAAGAGUAUCAAAUCUACUUCCCUGACGCCCACCCCCUCGGCACAUCUAAAAAUCAAGAUGGCCGCCAUUAACAGUAAGACGCGCUCGAUCUCGACGAUCACACGGAAAAAAUAGGGGACUGUGAACAGUCUAAAACCUCGGGUGAUAGAAUUUUUUGCUGACAUACAACGGUGUAAGAUUUUUUUCAGCAUUAUAAGCCAUGGGAAAUUUUUUUUUCAGUGUAGGAUUUAUCUUUUGCCAGGUAGUUCCUUGCAAAAAUUUUUUUACCCUCGAAAUCAGUUAGCCUGCGUAGCUGGCGGUAUUGUGUAGUAGUCGAGUGAGAUUUGGCAGCGGAGCCGUUGUACUAUAGUCGAGUGAGAUUUGACGGAGGAAGCCGCGAGAAAUACCGCUUGCCAGAGAACCGUGAUUUUUCGAAUGCCGCCCACUUUUGUCACCUUAGCUGAUCGCAAUUAAAUCAGCCAAUCAGCCAAUCAACGAGAAACUUUCAAUUUGAAACUUCCGAUUAUCUUCGCGCGAGACAGUUUAGAAAUAAGGGUUGACAGGCUAAACACGACUCCUAAGCUCGUGAUAAUGUGAAACGUGACCUUGUGAGUUUGCUUGAACAGAGGUUUUUUAUUUUCUCAGCUCUCGCGCAAAGGUUACUAACAAUACACAGUGCAUGUAUCAUUCUAAACUUUGACUAAGUAAAUCUUUUUUUGCCACACUAGGCUUAACAUUAAAAGGUCAUGAAGCUGGUUUGUUACAUGCAUACUGAGUAACCAUUUUCUUUGGUUUAUUCUUCUGUAGGUGUUCCUGAUAGGAUUUGAUCUCAGAUGCAGUUGUAAAGUGUUUUAAUUUUCUUUGACCUUUGUUUCUUACGGCUAAAUAAAGACAAUUCCAGCUCUGUGAAGUUUAAAGACGCCAUUUCGGCAAUUUGGUAAUCAAUUAUGUUCUUUUUAAAGGGUAAACCACAAUCACUUAUGUCUUUUCCAGUUUGCUAUCUGCUCCCUUAAUUGAGAAAUAUAUGCGAAGGAUCAUCUAACAUAAUUGACAUUUGUAUGGCCCUCGACCAAUCUGUUUCUCCACACACUGGUGAGCGGACUAUUCAAAAUGCCGGGGUUUUCUGGCAGGCGAUAUUUCAACUGCCUCGUCCCUACUCCCUUUUUUUGGAACACGGCUCUGCCGCCAAAACUUUAAUCUCGCACCCACACAAUACCGCCAGCUACGCAGGCUAGAAAUCAGUCUGCAGGAUAUUUUUUCUGAUCAUGCACCCAUACCACCCCUCAAAAGUCAAAUGGUCGGCUCCUCAUCAGCAGUCACCAAUCUUUCAACCCAGUGCAGUUAUUACUUAGCUGCUAUUCAGUACAGACUGUUGUUUUCAAGGGAUUACACCUCCGGAAUGAGGUGAAAGUUUGCACUGGUACAUUUUAAAUGACAAAGCUCUGCAAGGACUAAUCUAACAACGCAAAAGAAUGAUAAGAACCACUAGAGUGGACAGAUCAACAUAAAAGUGGAUACAAAACAACACAAAAAAUGGCACCCAUGGGAAAUUUGACAUUUUAAGUUUUCAAAUGUAAAUUUCCCCACCCUUGAGUCUCCAGUUUGAGUCAAAUUCCCAUCCCUGGGGCAAACUAUUAUUAUAGGCACCCACAACAGUCUUUAUUGCAGCACUGAGCAUCUCCAGAGAGGAAUAAUACUUGGAAUAAUACUUGGUGACAAAGUAAUGGUACCCACAAACUUUGUGCAUUUCCCCCAGUGUACAAGACAUAUCCUAGCUGGAUAUUUGGUGUGGCUGGCAAUUUAACACCCAUGCUAUAUUCCCGAAAGUACCUUUGAAUUGUUUCACACAGUGUUUACAGCAAUGCAAAAUGUGCAAUGCCAUCCCGAACAUGACAUGCCAUAUGCAUCAUCAAGAAGGGUUAAGAGCUGAUGUUUUUUGUACCGUGGUCCAGAAUUUCAUUUAAUUUGACAUUUAAUUUAGUAUACUAGCAAAUCUAACACAAAAUUCUAGGAAUCUUUCAUGUAUUUACAUACGAUUUUUUGAUCUUUUGUUUUAUUAAAAACUUAUGGCAGGGCAGCAUCUGGUGGAAACAUGUAAGUAGAAAUGCUUCUCAAUGCUGAGGGACAAAAUACUUUUUGUCAUAAAACUUCAAACACUUAUAAAGCAAAUUUCAUUCUGCCAUCCUUCACAAAGAAAUGAAGACAUCAAAAUGUGGGAAACUCAUCCAAAUGACUACUGGGUAUUUUCUACGAUGGCAGACUUCUUAUCACUCAUUCCCUGGUCCGCCACUUUCCAAGAUGGCAGCUGAGUCAAAUUUCCCACCCUGGGGCCGUUCAGGAUGUCAAAUGCCCUACCCAUGUGUGCUUCACUGAGUCUAAUUCCCGUGGGUUACCCGCCUACCAUCCUGGGGCAAACCAUUGAUAGGUACGUGCAUUAAUUGUACAACGCGGAAAACUUAUAGGAGCUCGUUGAAACGUGUCCGUGCAUUCCAGAUCGAAUUGUAAUUUGGAGAGAUGUUGGUUUUUAAGGGGAGGGGAAAACCGGAGUACCCGGGAAAAAACCUCUUGGAGCAUGGGAGAGAACAAACAACAAACUCAACCCACAUAUGGAGUCGAUGCCAGGAUUCGAGCCCGGGCCACACAAUGGUGGGAGGCGAGUGCUCUCGCCACUGCGCCACACUUAUUCUGAUUGGCUACCAGUGUGGGGAAGAUGGGGCUAUCUUGCCCGCUCGGUCCUGCAAGAUAAGGUUUUGUUUUGGUCAUUAAAUAGCCCGGACAGAACAAUCUUGGAGUACAAAGAAGUUCUGACUAAGCUUUUUCAGUCUAGAUUGCUGAUUCACUUUCUGUAAUAAUGUAUAUGUACGAUAUGAGUGGGAUAUUGGACAUUAGUAAAAUCCAACUAGUGGUCUGUUAUCAAUACUGCGUUCUGAUUGGUUGAGCUACUACUAGGCUAUAUGUUAUAGUCCACUAGUAACAAAAAGCGCUGGCUCUGAAAACCAAAACAAUGGCAGCUGAAUCGCAUUUCUAGCUUAAGUUGCUUUGUCUCGAUACUUUUGACCAACUAGUUGGAUUUUACUAAAACAAUAUUAUUCCUCUUAGCUCGCCCUCCUGGCCUCUGAGUCAAUAGCCCAUUUGGCCCAUUUGGCCUUCAGCCACAUGGGCUAUUGACUCAGGGCCCAAUGAUUCGGGCUCGAGGAAUAAUUGUUAAAUAUUUGUUUUGCGUUUUUAAGGACUGAGACAAAUUCGAGGUUGAUAAAAACGCAAAAAGUACACUACUCAGAUCUGCCGGGUAGUGCUUCUGAUUGGUUGAAGCAAAUUUCCCUCGUGGCACGACCAAUCAGACCUGGGUAACGGACACAUCACUAGUAUGGAAUUUCUGCGCUCAAAACCAGAUCGAGUGUUGGCAUGGCGAAAUGUCGACUGUUUUCUCAGGCUACACAGAGCCAUUAUCACUGUCUGGGUGACAAACUUCAAUCUUCUGUUAUGUUUUUGCAUGCUCGAAUAUCCUUCAAAAAAAUCAACUAUGACUUAAACUCACUCUUGCUUCACUGCAUUGCUAAAAAUGACGGAAGUUUGGAGGAACAGUAUUGAUUACAAGGAAGCCGUAGCGGCGGUCGCUGUGGACUUCAGCAAAGCGUUUGACGCCAUAAACCACAGCCUUCUGCUCGCGAAGUUGAAGGCUUAUGGCUUUUCUGCACAUGCCUUGGAACUGAUGUUCACCUACCUGCUAGGUCGUCAACAAUGUGUCAGAUUAGAAGGCGUAUGCUCUAACUUCAAAACAGUUAAAUCUGGCGUUCCUCAAGGUUCACUAUUGGGGCCGUUGCUGUUCAACAUAUUCAUUAAUGACUUGAAUUUCUGUGUUCCUAAUGUCAUUGCGGCUGUACGCUGAUGACACGACUGCCUACCUGUCUGAUGUAUCUCCCACCAUUCUAGAAUUUUCCUUCAACAAAGAUCUUCAGACUCAAGCAUAUUAUUUAUCUGUCGUACCCUGUGCCUAUCAUUAUUCUUUAUUUCUUAAUAAUGCUAGAAUAGAAUUUCUCCGAUCUAUUAAGAUUCUUGGAGUUACUCUAGACAAGGACCUAUCCUAUAAAGAACACAUAUCAGAUCAACUAAAGAAAGCCUACGCGAAGGCUUCUGCACUGAGAAGAAUAAGGCGUUUUCUUCCUCAUGAUGCAAUGAUAAAACUUUAUAAAGCUUUUAUAUUACCUCAUCUCGAAUACUGCAGUCCUUUGUUUGUAGGCAUAGGUACAGGUCAACGCACUGAACUGUCUCGAAGAUGGCAACUGUUAUAUUUUGAGAACCUUAAUCGGGCACAACAAGUCAAUAUCAUACGACGAGCUGCUCACUACGGCUAGCAUGAAAUCCUUAUAUUGUAGGCGCUUACACCAGGCAUUAAUACUUCUUUUCAAAUGCUUAAAUGGUACGGGACCUACUUAUAUUGGAAGCCUUUUUAAAUACAGGCAUACACCGUAUAGGCUAAGAGGCUGGGGCUUGAAUUUGGAAUUACCUAACUUUAAUCUUAAAUUUAAGAAGAGUUCUUUCACUUAUUCAUUAACUAAGUUAUGGAACAGUUUGCCUUCUCAAGUGCGUCUUUCAAGUGAUUCUAAUGACUUCAGAAGUUAAUAAUAUACACGAAAAUAUUACUCAAUUCUGAUUGGCUGAGAAAGGAGUGCAGCUCUUCUGUAACACGAGUGCAAAAUGUGUAACACGAGUGCAAAUUACAAAUGCUUUCUGAUUGGCUGAAAACACAAAAGAAACCACCAAGAACCAAUCAGAUUAGAGCUGUUUUAGCAACAAAAUUCAAGAAAAUGGCCAUGGUUUACAGCAGACGACGACGGGAUUUAAUUUUGUACGCAAACCAACAAUAGAAAAGUUAUUCCAAAAACCCGAACACAGUAAAAAGUUCGUCUUUCUGGUUAAAUGUAUUGAAAAUGCGUUGCUAAGAGAAAAAUACUGUCAACAAAAUCGAGGAAAAUGAACCAGAGUAGCUAAAAAACAAACUAUUUAUAAAAGACUACGCUAAAGUAAAAAAAUAAAGAAUAAUUACGGUUGCAACCAGAUGCAAACCAUGACCGCUACACUUUUCAGGCAUUUAAAUGAACAAGGAUACAAGUUUUCGAUGAUAACAACAGGGAUUUCAAGUCACUUACGUUAUUUGUUGGAGGAGAAAGGUGUCCGGUUGCUGUCUUUGAGUCUUUUGUGGAGAGAAGACCUCUAUUAAAACAUCCAUGCGAUGGUCUGUUUUUUUCUACCUCAGUAUCAAACGAAACCGAAAAUUUAAACAUCUGGUCCAAACUAAACCAAUGGGCGAAAAUACCAUAACUAACAUAAUGAAAGUAUCCGUAGCUGGUACUAGCCUUAAAGAAAGUGAGAAAAAAGUUUACGAGUCAUUGUGCAAGAAAAACAACAUUCAGGAAGCUACAGAAAGCAAAGAUUGUAAGUUCAGAACAUAUCGCCAAUGUCACAGGCCACAGAGGCAUGAAUUUCCUUAACUACUACGACGAAGUCGACGAAGAAGAGCUACGAUGACUCUUGCAUGAAAUAAUGAAAACCCAAGCGCUGAGAAAAAGCAAAUUUUGUAUUAAUACUGGCAGUUUCCGACAUCACAACAACUGUGGCUCCACUCACUCAUCGAUGGCAGCGUCGAAAGAAAACAAAUUGCCUCCUUCACUUUCGGAUUUUAAAUCUCAAAAAUUUCUCCGUGAAUCCAGCUAUGAUGGGGUCUCAGGAACAGAUAAUAAUGAACAGUCGUUAAAAAACCUUAGCAAGUCUUUCAUCUUUGGGUGCGCGAAGCGUUCUCCUGAUUUGAAAACGGCAGUAUACUUCUUGUAAACGCCGAGCUCUCAUAAUCGAGGAUGAAUUUAAAAACACUUACUUUUGCUGAUUAUUGUAAACCAAGUUAUCUUUAACAGGCUGGUGACCAUAUAAAAUCAAUCCUUGCACAUUUCCAGGUUCUUAGCUAAAAUGAUUUUGAAAGCGUUGGUCUUGAAAAAGUUUGAAUUUGACAAAGGUAGUAGUCUGUUUCAGCCAAUCAGUUGAAUGAACUAAAAACGCGCGCCCUGUCAAAAUUUGUUGUUGUAGUUAAGUUUUUCGUGUAUAUUAUUAAUAAGUAAUCACAUGAUUUUUCUCGUGCAAUUUGGAAUAAAUAAGCACUUGUAAAUUUUUCAAAGGCCACAAAGUGCACUCGCCCUACGGGCUCGUGCACUUCUGUUGGUCUUUGAAAAAUUUACUCGUGCUUAUUUAUUCCAAAUUGCACUCGAAAUCAUGUGAUUACCUAUACAAAUUGCACGAUUGCAGCUUUUUAGAACGUGUCUUAUAGUGCACGAUUGUAGCUUUUAACUGUUUUUAGGACGACUAUCAUAGUUUUCCAAAACACGUUUUUAGUAUGAGGCUUUUUAGUCGGUUUUAGCUUUUAUAUUUUUUGUUUUUAUUGCCAAGUUUUUUACAUGUAUAUAUCUAUUGAGUUGUUUUUAAUAUUGAAUAAUAUUAUAUUAUAACACAGCUGUAAUUAUUAUAGAUUUUAUUUAUACAUGUUCGUAUUUUGAACGAGUUUUUUAGCUCUUUGACGUAACGUGUUAAAAUAAAUGAUUGAUUGACUGAUUGCACAGAUUGAUUUACCAAGGAGGGAGGCCAGGCAGACAUCUAUAAUAUUGGUCUAACAGAACUUUAAUCGUUUCAAAAACUAAACUUAUAUACAAGGAUGAAUACUUGCGGGAAAGCUAAACACGAUGUAUCAGUCACUUUUAGAUAGCAAUAACUGCAAAAUAUAAUUGUAAGGUGACGCUUAAUGUGGGAGCAUUAUAUCACAUUAUACUUAUUACCUUCCUAUGGGAAAAUUUCUUCAUAUGUAGCUGUAUGUUCAGUUAUCUAAGUUGAAUGUAAAUGUCCAGUAAUUUGUUCCAGUCUUCCGGCAUUAUGGGUCAUUAAUACACAUUGUUAUUAACGCUAGGCCUCACGAUAAGUGGAGAUUUUUUAGGAGUUAGUAAACUGUAAUCUAUUCUAAACCUUUUCUGCUUUUAGUUCUUUUGGUUUGUUUAAAUCAUACCCUGUUGCUAUGUAAAGCUAUAUAAAUGACCAAACAAACUUUCUCUUCUCAGAAAAACCCACACUAUUAUUAUGAAAAAACAAAACAAAACAAAGCAAUAUAUAAACAGAAAUCUAACAGCUUCGAGAUUGCUUAGGAGCUACCUGACCUAACUAUUUUUUUUAAAAAAAUCGAAAAUAUAAUUUCAAAGAAUGUAGCUCAAAUUAUUGCUGUUCAGAAAAAUAUAUUUACACUUGCUUAGAUAAAUACUUUAUAGUUUGUUUUCCUUGAUUUUGAGAGAUUUUUCCCUUCCUGGGUUAUUUUGUUGGCUCUAAGGUCUAAGCUUUGUUUCUUUUGCAGUUAGUACGUGUGAGCGCUGCUAGUGAAGCGGCAUUUUAUACAUCCAUCAGUUAUCUUAUUGAGCUUUAAGCUUAGAAAACGCAAUAUUGAUUGAGCGUUAAGUUGUUUAGUUUGCAGUUAGUGUGGUGUUAAUCAGUUAUCUGAUUAAAAGCGAGGUUUAAUCUGUUUAGUUCACAAAAACCCUGAUUGUGUUCGUUGCCAGGUGACAACUUCGCAAUCUCAAUACACCCUAGCGACUGAAGGUUGUUGAAGCUUAAAUCAAAAUUCAAAAUUCCUUCAACAGGGAAACAUUUACAUUGCAAACAAGGCUUAGAUAAAUACUUUACAGUUUAUUUUCAGUGACUUUAAGAGAUUUCUACCUUUCUCGGUUAUUUGAUUAUACUCGAGGCGUAAGCUGUUUAGUUUGCAGUUAGUGUGUGUGAGUGCAGUAGAUAACAGUUUAACACCUUCAUCAGUUAUGUUGUUAUUCCAGAGGUCUAACCUGUUUAGUUUGCAGUUAGUGUGUGUGAGUGCUGUAGAUAAAAGUUUAACACCUUUAUCAGUUAUGUUGUUAUCCAUGAGGUCUAAGCUUUUCAGUUUGCAGUUAGUGUGUGUGAGUGCUGUAGAGAAAUUUUUAACACCUUCAUCAGAUAUGUUGUUAUUAUAGAGGUUUAAGCCGUUUAGUUUGCAGUUAGUGUGUGUGAGUGCUGCAGAUAAAUGUUUAACACCUUCAUCAGUUAUGUUGUUAUCCCCGAGGUCUAAGCUGUUUAGUUUGCAGUUAGUGUGUGUGAGCGCUGAAGAUAAAAGUUUAACACCUUCAUCAGUUAUGUUGUUAUCCCCGAGGUCUAAGCUUUUUAGUUUGCAGUUAGUGUGUGUGAGCGCUGUAGAUAAAAGUUUAACACCUUCAUCAGUUAUGUUGUUAUCCCCGAGGUUUAAGCUGUUUAGUUUGCAGUUAGUGUGUGUGAGUGCUGUAUAUAAAUGUUCAACACCCUCAUCAGUUAUUUGGUUAUAAGCGAGGUUUAAACUUUUCAGUUCGCAAAAACCCUGAUUGUGUUCGUUGCCAGGUAACAACUUCGCAAUCUCAAUACAUCCUAGCAACUGAAAGUUAUUGUUGUUUAAAUCAAAAUACAAAAUUCCUUCAACAGAUUUAAGUGUAUGCACUAAUGCUAAACAGUCGAGAGGUGACAGGUAACACUUACUAAAAUUAAGCGCAUUACAACCAAUUUUCGCCAGUUUCUCUUGAACUUUUCGAUCAGAGGCAUUGCUCUCAUACAUGCAAUUGAAUAGCGUCACCACUAAAGCCUUGUCUUCACCAGCUGGCCAAUAGGUCAGUGUUUCAGUUGGUUCCUUUGAGUCUUCAUCCAAACCCGGCUUGAUUUCAAAUUCUUUAGUAUCCGUUUCCCAGGGAAGGAGGUCGCUGAAAAUCAGCGACCAAUCAGUUGAUUGUCCUUCUUUUUCAGCCAGCAGUCCAGCCACAAACUGCAGCACAACCUUCCACGCGCCUUCCUUGAUGUGAGCGGAGACAAAAUCCUGUAGUUGUUCGGAACUCAGUGUGUCUACCAAAUACUUCGCCGUCAAGAACUCCUGUAUGGUCAGGUGUAAAAAGCAAUAUUGCGCUCUUCCCUCUGCUAAAGGACGGUUUCUAAAAUCAGGUAAACGGUGAAACAGGCCAUUACUCUCUAGGUCGUUAACUUCGUGUGAUUCAAAAAUUAGUCUUCCUUUUUUAAUUCCAUCAAAAGCAAUUUUUCCCAGACAUGUGAACACAUUCUGCACAGAGGAAGGAAGUUCCUUGAACGGCUUAAGAAAAAAUUGUUGACCUUCUGUUUUAUUGUGGCGAUAUUGAUCAUCAUCGUAGCUUAAGUAAAACAUCCUUACGGCAAUUGAGUAUAUUUCUGUCAGUCUUGUCGGGAGGCUGGUUAAUCUAGUGUUGCAAAGCAACUCCGACAAGCACGAACAAAUGAUGAAACAAUUCACAGGAAUGUAGCAGAAGGCUAGAAGGUUUAAGUUACUUGUGAUGUGUUGCUUUAUGGUUUGAGCUCUGUCCUCGUGCUUUGUAAACUUCUGUACAUAAUCAUUUACUUGCUCAGUUGAGAAUCCAAGUAUUUCAACUGUUUUGUCAAAGUGAAGACUUGUGAUACAUCGUACGGCAUUGGGUCUUAUAGUCGUUAAGACUGUGGCACGUGUAAGAAUUUUUCCUGAUACUAUUUUCUUCAGUAGAAAAUGGACAGGCAUCCUUUCUUCUUCAUCGUUUAUGUAAGGAACGUCAUCUUUAUUUAUUUCAGUCCUACAAGAAUAUUCGUCAACUCCAUCAAAAAUCACCAAUACUCGCUCUAGGUUUUCACGGAUGUAGUCCCAGAAAUCUCUGGAAAGAGCUGUUGAAUAUUCUGAGUGAUCAAGGAGCUCGCGAAGAUUUAGUUCUUUGAUUCUAGAGUUAAACAUCCUUAGCUUGAUGAGAAAAGCAGCUUUAAAAUCCUUUUGUGAUCCGUUCAAUAAGUUAUCACAAGCCCAGUUGCGAAGAAUCUUUGUGCUAAACAUAGUUUUUCCAAUUCCAGGACGACCAACAACAAGGAUCCUCCGCCCUUCAGCAUCAAAAAGAUCCCCUGGCAGUGUUGGUCGUAAAUUUUCAUUGGCUUUGUGGUACUCGUUUAGCUGUUUCACUCUGUCUCCUGAAAAGUCAUACUUAGCUCUCCCUUCAUAAACAAUCAAAUUGGUGAAGAUUUCGUCAAGUUUUAGAUCUCUUCUAGGUCCUUCGCCUGGAUUAUGAAAAGGUGAUUUAAGAUCUCCGUAAGUUUUUUCAGUGACAUCUCGGACAUGUUUCUUCAUACGUUCGAUGAAAGGAGCGGCUAGGGUUUCUUCGUUUGUUUGAGUGAGGUUGAAUGACGAGUCAAGUGAAGCGUUGCUGGAUGAAGAGGUUGAUGGUCGCCUUUCGGUUCGAAGGUCCUUAUACUCUUGUUGCUGUGGCCCUGCUGGAGAAACAAUCGCUUAUCAUUAUUUACUUGAAAAAGUGGUUAACUAAAACAUCAAAAUACCGCUAUCAAAUGAAAAUAGCAUGGAAAAGUAUAUUUCAGAUUAGUAAAAUCCAACUAGUGGUCUAUUAUCAAUGCUGCGUUCUGAUUGGUUGAGCUACUACUAGGCUAUAUGUUACAGCCCACUAGUAGCGAAAAGCGCCGGCUUGAAAAACCGAAACAAUGGCGGCUGAAUCGCGUUUUGCUAGCUAAAGUUGUUUUGUCUCGAUAUUUUUGACCAACUAGUUGGAUUUUACUAAGAGACAAUUAUUCCUCUCGCCCUCACGGCCUCUGAGUCAAUAGCCCAUUUGGCCUUCGGCCUCAUCGGCUAUUGACUCAGAGCCCAUUCGGGCUCGAGGAAUAAUUGUUAAAUAGUAAUCCAUCAACCAUGAACCACUAACAAUCUCAAAUCUUAGUCAAGUGAUUUUACCAUAUAGUAAACAAUUAUUGGAUGAGGUUUUUGUGAUAUCCGGAAUAAUCAAAGUCGAGGUAAGUGUUAUCAGCCGAGCCAAAGGUUGAGAGUGAUAACACUUACCGAAACCUUGAUUAUACAGGACAUCACAGAAACCGAAUGUAACAUAAUUGUUUUAUUAUACAUCGCUUUGAAGAAAAUAACGCACACCGUCGCAAGGAACCUGAAUUGAUACUGUUAUUGGAAAGCAUGCAAAGCGCGCAACCUACAGAUUAGUUAGUUAACUGCUAGCAGAUAACUAACUACAGUCAACUCCCGCGGACACCCUAAGGACCACGGUUUUAUGUCCGUAAUACCGAGAGUCCGUAAUCUGCGUAAUAACGGGGUGCGAGAAAAAAAGUGCUGUUAACAUACAAUAAUAUUACUGGUAAUAGUUGACACUACAGCUGCCCCCGCUCUGUAUAUUGUCGGUCAAUAGUAUUCUUGCUCGUUGAGUAGCUCUAUACCCGUCCGAUUGAUAAUGAAGAUUUUGACAUAUACUCCAUACAGGAGGUGAGAUAAAACUGAACAGGAAACGCAAGGUUCCAUGUACAGUUUCUGUUCAAUUUACACAGCUUUGAUCAAAACAUUCGCAGUUUCGAAAAUAGUUUAUUCAGUAAACCAUAAGAAAAGAUUUCAUUAGAAGUUGAAUUUUUCGCUAUUUCUCUUUCACUUUUUACAUUCAAUUCAUUUUAUUUGCCGGAAAGUAAGCCUUAGAAAUUAAAAGGACGUUUGAUCAAUUCACGCUCGCAGAUUCUAAUCGUAUUUUAAACUUUAUAGCGGAAAGACAUCUGUGGGCAGGGAAUAAGUAAGCACAGAAUUUGAUUGUCGGCUGAUAAGCUAGCCGUUGUUCACUCGUCUUGCUUGUUUGGGGCUGAGCCUUAUUCCGGUCAAAGGGAGAGAAAGAGUGUCUGGCGAGGUUUCCAAUCAAAGAUUUGUGAACUUGCGUCUGGCAAACUCUCCAAGUGUUUAUAUAUACACAGUUAUACGCAACUUAUAACUUCAUCUUCGCUUAACGAAAGUCUUUUGGUCCAUAACUUUCAAAACAACUGCUCCACAGAAUGUCACUGAUAACACGUAACGCAAAAGAGUAUCGAAGUACGACUGCACAAUAAAUGUCACAAAAUCUACCUAAGCGGUCCCUUCGGGAUUUUCUGUCUUUACGUCAUCCUAACCAUUUCGCACUUGCCGGCAAAAACAAUAGAAACGUCAUCAUUACCCACCGAUUCCUCGCGGCCCCUGUUCCACAGGGUCCAAAGGAGAUUUGUUUGUCGUUAGAACAUCAAAACCCGUCGAAAUCCUCCGAAAAAUGGGUUAUUUCAAGAGCCAUAAUUAUGGCUCUUGGUUAUUUUGAUCGCGUCCGGUCGCUCUUCGGGCGACGUGCCGUGCGCCAGCGAGGAUAUGGCUUGCGGUUAUUGAUUUUCAAAAUGGCGAACAACAAAGGUGAUCUGGGUCAAAUAAGAAGCGAAGAAAUCGUUUACAGCAGAUUCAUAAAGAUCCCCACUGGGCUAAUUAAUCGUGCUAAGCGACAGGUAUAGACAUUUUCUAAGGUGAGACUAAGUAAUUCAUUUAUUCAUACGAAACUCCCUGAACUCCUCUGGACCCUGUGCCUGUUCAAGCAAAUCGAGAUUUUUUCUGGCAUACUGACUGUAUAUUUCAACUGUAAGUACUUUCCUUAAUGUACGCGCGAGUUGCUAGAGUGCCUCCUCGGCUUCUGAGCGAAAUCCCAGCGGGGGCAAUUAACUACGUUCGUAAGGUUUUCUUAAAUCUUAAAUGUGUGUUAAAUGUGCUACUUAUGCUGUAUGGCGACCCAAAAUACCUUCCAAGACUGGACGAACUUAUCAACAGUACCGAAACUGCUAAGCAGCCUUGAGCUCUCCUAGAGAGCCGGGAACAAAAAAGCGCAAGCUCCAGUGAAGAAGUGAGGACGAUUGUGCAAACAAUUUAAGGAAUCGACGUGAAAAUAAACAUUCCAGAAAUCUUUUGAAAUGCAUUUUGGCAAAUGAUAAACAGUAGACUGUAAUUUUACAUAACAAUGUUACAUGAGAAGUACAGAGUGUCCGCUUUAUCGAGAGUCAAAACAAUAAAAUUGUCACUUCGAAACCAAGAAAGUGUCCGUAAUUCCGUAAUAGAGAGAGUCAGCAAUAGCUGGAGUCAUUUUCAGUCAAACCCCUAUAGCUUUUGCUGGGGAUCUGUAUUUUGUCCGUAAUAGCGAGCGCCCGCAAUAGCGGGGUGUCCGCAAGGCGAGAGUUGACUGUAUAAAUCUGUAGGUUGCGCUGAUUUCCAAAAUUAACUGUAAGCUCUCAGCCAAUGAGAAGACAGACAGUGAGUACAAUGUAUAAUAACAAAGAAAAACAGACAAAAUGACUGAUUGAUAUAUCAUGAUGACAUCAAAAUCGUUCACAUCGGGGAAAAGAAGAAAUCCUUCAUUAAACAUUCUGAUAACAUUAUGAUUAUACUAUCACAGGAAAAGAUAAAAUACGUAUAGUAUCAUGGUAAAAAUCUUACACGGAAUAUUAAAAAGAAAAUUAGUGAUAAAGCAAGUGAUAAUGGGCUCGAGGAAUAAUUGUUUUAGUAAAAUCCAACCAGUUGGUCAAAAAUAUCGAGACAAAACAACUUUAGCUAGCAAAACGCGGAUCAGCGGCUAUUGUUUUGGUUUUCAAAGCCGACGCUUUUCGCUUCUAGUGGGCUAUAACAUAUAGCCUAGUAGUAGCUCAGCCAAUCAAGAACGCAGCAUUGAUAACAGAUCACUAGUUGGAUUUUACUAAUGGUGGAUAUACAGCUAUUUCGAGAAAGGUUGUCGGACAAAGUGCACGCGACAAUCCCGAAAGGUAUUGUGGGUUGUUUUUGAGUUCACUGUUCUUUAAAGAAGUUUAAAAGAAUGACAGGAGAGGUCAUGGACUUUUUUGCGAGUGCUUAAAGAAAGCAGCAAAAGUAGGUUCGACAGUUACAGUGUCAGAAACAGUGUAUUGAUCAUAUCCCAUAUUACCUUUCGGGAUUGUCGAGUGCACAUUUUUUCCGACAACCUUUCUCAAAAUAGCUGUAUAUACCGAGUCGCAAAGCGUCGAGGUAAAUAUCUAGCGCUGUUCAUCGACCUUGAGGGGGUUAGUUGUUUUAGUAUUCACCAAAUCAGUAGAAUUAAAAUGAAAAAAGUAACUUUGUAAACUAAAAACGUCACUUAGUGCGAACUUUGUUUACAAUUUACAAACAUUUCGGGGAUUUUGUCUAGUGCUUUUGUAUGAUUUUGCUGUAAAUUCGGCAAGAAAAUAAUUUUCUACCUAUCAGUAAACACCGAAAAGCAAAAGUUCGUCGCUUACUUGGUAUUUGUUUGUACGACUGCUUCAUUUAAAAAAGUGUCUUGAAACGAGACGCCUUCUUGGCUCCGAUCGCAAAACAGUGAAUAGCCAAGGAUAUUCCGAGUUACGGGGGCAAAUCAAAACGCGGAAAAAUUGCUAUUCACUGUUUGGUAAAUACUAAAUCAAGAUAUACCGAUUACCGACAAAGCUUACAAGAAACAUGGGUCGUGGGGGCGUACGAUGCGGUUUGUUGAAAUAUUCGUUUAUCUCCACCUUCAACAAAAUUCAGUGAGGCUUGUCCAAUACCAAGGGAACACAUUCACUAUCUGAACUAAUCACACAAAUGGUAGACAUUGUUUGAAAACUCCUAUCACUCAUAAGAGCUGCACCAAUUCAGUCUAAACUUUCUCAGGAUGAGAUGCACCAACAGAUAUAACUGCUUUAGGUCUUAGCACAGUGGCAGCAUUCUUAACAGAGAUGAGAGAACCACCAGGACCACUUUUGUUACAUCUUAACAAUGCAACUUUAACUUUCUCUUGACUUUCACUCGCAUCAGAAAAGUACACAUAACCAAGAUCAUAAAAUUACAUAUAUAGGGGUUUUUUAGCUCACUGUAAAAAGCUAAUAACUCACCAUUCUUCACUGUCGGUAACAAAAGAUCAACAGGAAGAUCAGCAUGUUUUGAGAGUCUGGUUCUGAUAAGCUCUGGAGGGUCCCUAAUGCACUCUUUUGGAGUCCUUUCCUUUCUUUUUCUCUUUCUUUUCUUCUUUCUCUUUCUCUUCGAUGUGGUUCUUUGGUUCUUUGUGCUGCUUGCAGUAUUCUUUGAAAUAGACGUGAGACCAGCGGUAAUACGGGGAGUGUUACAAUCACUGCCCUCUGAUCUGCGAGUUGUAUCCUCAGAAGAUUUGAAUAUCUUGGAUUCUGAUCAGUGGAGGAAAAAUAAUUAACGAUGAGCUAAUAAUAAUAAUUACCCCGGCAGGGAUUUCGCCCAGGAGGCGAAAUCCCGAAGAGGCACUCUAGUAACUCGCGCGUAUAUUAAGGAAAGUACUUACAGUUGAAAUAUACAGUCAUUCGGUCAACAUAGAAAAAAUCUCGAUUUCCUUGAACAGGGGCCGCGAGGAAUCGGUAGGUAAUGAUGACGUUCCUAUUGUUUGCGCCCGCAAGUACGAAAUGGUUAGGAUGAUGACGUAAAACACAAAAAAUCCCGAAAGAACAGCUUACAAUAGGUAGAUUUUGUAACAUUAAUUGUGCAGUCACACUUCGAUACUCUUUUGCGCUACGUGUUAUCAGUGACAUUCUGUGGAGCAGUUGUUAUGAAAGUUAUGGACCAAAAGACACUCGUUAAGCGCAGAUGAAGUUAUUAGGUGCGUAGAACAGUGUAUAUUUUAACACUAAGUGAGUUUGCCAGACAAGAGUUCACAAAUCUUUGAUCGGAAACCUUCAGCUGAACCUUGCCAGACACUCUUUCUCUCUCUUUGACCGAAAUAAGACUCGGCCCAAAACAAGCAAGACGAGCGAAUGAUUCAACGGCCAGCUUAUCACUAGCAGAACGAUGGACGAUUACAGAAAUUCGCCGACCAUCAAAUUCUGUGCUGACUUAUUCCCUGCUCACAGAUGUCCUUCCGCUAUAAAGUUUAAAACAAGACUGGAAUGCGCGAGCGUGAAUUGAUCAAACGUCCUUUUAAUUUCUAAGGCUUACUUUCCGGCAAAUGAAAUGAACUAAAUGUAAAAAGUGAAAUAGAAAUAGCGAAAAUAAGCACUGGAAAUAAGCACAAUAUCUUUAUAGCACCAGGAAUAUUAUAUUGUACUAUAUAUUAUAGCAAUAACCAAUAAGACUGUACUGUUAGUAAUAAUUGAAUUUCUUCUUUUGCUGUGUCUGUGCACCUACUGACUGAUAAAUUCAUUUUAAAAAAAACUUAUUUCCAGUGCUAAAUUCAUAAAUAAAAAACAAAAUAAAUUAAUGUUUAAUGAGGGUCUUUAUAUCUGAUAAAGACACAGCUAAACUUUACUUCCAAUUUUUAAGACCAAAAUAACCCCAAAUCUAAAUAUUAGAGCAAGAAUGAGUUGAAAUAUAUAUCAGAGAUUUUGAAGCCAUUCAAAAAACUCACAGUCAUUGUAAUACAUUCCUUUAAACAGUACACAAAAUUUUAAAUGUUAAAAUCCCAAAGUUUCAGCUUAAAAACGUGGCCUUCAUUGUACAAAUUGGCAAAACCUGUAUACCUUUUUGAAUCAUCAGAGAUGGAAGUUGUGGCAUGAGUAUUUGAAUGUUUGAAUAUUUCUGUGCUAACUGAAAGUGGAGGACAGUUUUGUCUAGCUGUCAUCAUUGAAGUAUUAUUUUGGUAUUUUCUGAUUGAGGGUAUAAUAUUGGGACAGGUUUUGUUAAAAAAUAUAAGUGGCCCACUUCAGAGAUACUGAGAUACACGUACAGAGGAAAGCAGCAUGCACUAAUACAACGGCACCAAUUCUUCUGAAUGUCGUGAAAGAUAACUAGACAUUGGAGGAAGAUGGGCUUCACGUUUUCCAGCUUCACAGUAAAAUGAGUAAAAACAAACUGCCAGAUUUAGCCAAAAGAGCCUCUGUUGAAAGGCAGUUAAAAGUUAACCUGAUCAGGUUAACUUUUAACUGCCAUAACCUUGCAUGUUUUCACCAAAUGACAAGUUGCUCCCCCCUCUAAGGUCUGUCUAGGUCUAUAAUCUUUCUGCCUUCAUAUAACUAGCCCCUAACAAAAAGUUCUCUUACGGUUGGUCCACAUGCAAAAGUUUCUUUUAAACGGAAUAAUCACUCACUUGCUUAAGAAUGAGUGGGUUCUUCCCAACUUUGUGAGGAGGGAUGGGUUCAGCCAAAUGUACUCACUAGUGUCCAACGUCCCAGCAAUUAUGACCAAGGUUGCAAUAGCCUUACAUUGUACAGUGAGCGAUCACAUUUUCAUUUUUAGCUUCAUGUCUAGGAGGGUCAUUUUCUAACCAUAGAAAUUACCUUCUUCAUCUGAGUCUUCAGCCACGUCUCUCCUUCUCUUUGUUGCUUGCAUGACAUUAAGUCGAAAUGGCUUAACACAACCUGGAGAAUUAAAUUAAAUUUUGAAUAUUUAUGAGCAAAAAAAAAUUCCUAAGCAACUAUGAUAAGUAACACAGUUGCCAUGACCACAAGAAAAAAUUAGUAAAAUUAUCAUGGCUACAAGUGUAAAAUCUGGCUUUGGUAGAAGCAUUAACCAUCCACAAAUAUGCUUGUGAAUUUAAUUUUUAACUAAAUAGAGAAGGAUUUUGAUUGCAGAUCAGGGGUCAGACUGAAAUUUACAGCAAGUACCACAGGGAACACCCUAGUGUUUUGGCACUGAGGUUUGGGCUUUAGUAUAUAUGGAAUUUUACCUUUUAUGUUUUAGGUCAAAAUACAGUAAACUGCACCCGCAUAUAAGAACAAAUGGAUUAAGAACACCAGGCUGAAAUUUGGCCAGUAAAGCCCCAUUUUUAACUCGUGGGUACGCGCGAGCGUAUCACGAGUUAUUGCAGGGACAGGGAUAUGCAAAUGAGUCACUCGCUCACUCGUUGUAGACGCACUUCGUAAUUAAUCGUGUCCGAACUCGAGAGCGCGAAGAUCUAUCGUUUCCAUAGCCUGCAUGACAGGCGCUUUAUGAGCCAAGCGGGGCGAACGCGAUAUUUCGCGCGGAGCGCGACACGAGCGCGAAGCGCGAGACGAGGGAAAGAGAAAAAU